AUGGUUUCCAGCAUGUCUUUGUCUACAAGAGUUACUGAGGAGCACUUGAGGUUGAAGAUCUUCCCUUACACUAUGAAGGACAAAGCAAGGACAUGGCUUAAUGGUUUGAGGCCGGGUUCACUGGCGACAUGGACUGAGGUACAAAAUAAAUUUUUAGAAAAUUUUUUCUCAACUCAGAAAGCUGAUGCUCUCAGGGACAAAAUCAUGCAAUUUGAACAACAACUUGAUGAGUCGUUUUCUGAGGCGUGGGAGAGGUUUAAUAACCUGUUAACUCAGUGUCCCCAUCAUGCUUUGCCUUUAUUAGUGUUGAUGCGUAUUUUCUACAAGGCACUGACAGUUUAUAGCAAAGCUGCAGUUAAUAAUUAUGCAGGGGGAUCGAUUAGGAAUAUGACCCCAACGGAAUGUCAAAAUUUAUUUGAGAGACUAGCUAUUGAGACGCAACAUUCGGAAGUCAGAGGUAAGCGAGCUGGUGUUUAUGAACUUAAUAAUUCCGACACUUUUGCACCGAGAUCGCAGGUUGACGCCAUUGCUAGUAAGUUGGACAUGCUUCUAGCGAUGAAUGGGCGUACAAUUCAACAAGAGCUAUGUGCCAUAUGUCAUGUUCCUGGCCAUGCCACCAUUACAUGCCCUCAAGGAGUGGAUUUCCCAGAGUUUGUGCAAGAGCAAGCAAAUAUGAUGAACUCCUACAAUCGGAAUCCAAGGUUUGAUCCUUAUUCUAACUCCUAUAAUCCAGGUUUCCAGGCACAUCCAAACUUUUCUUGGAAAAACACCCAGAAUCAAGCCAAUCCACCUACCACCACAUUGGAGGACAUGGUGCGACAAUUGGCUAUCAGUCAACAGAAAUUGGAGGCUCAAGUGGGGCAAAUUGCAGAGGCAUUGAGUCGAAGAGAGGCCGGAAAAUUUCCAAGUCAAACUGAGAUCAAUCCGAACACUAGAGAGCAAGCCAUGGCAAUUACCGUUUGUGAUGAGCAGCAAAGCCGAGUUGCUACAGAUUUUGGAGAACAGAAAGCUGUUGAUUAUAAUUUGAAAAUAUCAAUAAUAUCGAACAAGAUUGUCACAUAUCAAGCAAAAGAACAGCCACGAUGUACAGUCAUGAAUGGUUGGUCUGACCCCGACAAACUUGCUCCACCCGUGAGACCUUAUGUCCCUCCAAUCCCGUUUUCGGGACACCUUAGAAGAAAUAAAGAAGAAGUGCAAUCAUUACAAAAGACAAACCCGAAGAGGGACGUGGAACCUUCUACUGUGCAAGAAAAGAAUGAGUUGGAUGAGAAUAAGGUGGUUCAACUAACUGAAGAGUGUAGUGCCAUAUCACAAACGAAGUUGCCGCCAAAGCUUAAGGAUCCAGGGAGUGCACUCAAAAAGACCUCUGUGGGCAUACAAUUGGCCGAUCGAUCUAUUCGAUAUCCUAAAGGAGUACUAGAAGAUGUUUUAGUUAAGAUACAUGGAUUAAUUUUUCCAGCUGACUUUCUAGUACUUGAUAUGCGAGAUUGCCAAGGCACGCUAACAAUGACAAAUAAUGAAGAAACAGUGACCUUCAAGCCCAAGGCAGCACAAGCUCUUUAUCUCAAGCGUGACUCUGUUCGCAUCUGUCUCUUUUCGCACACAUCUAUCUCAAACAUAUUUGUGUGUAUCUGUCUCUGCGCGCACCUAUCUCUCGUCGCGCGUGUCUAUCGGUUUCUCUUAGCGAGUGUUGCAAGUAUCUUUGUUGGGUUAUCUUUGGCAAAUCUCUGUCUUGGUGUAUCUCUGCCAGUCGUGAUUAUUUCACGAAUUGAUUCGACUACUGCCUAA